AGGAGAAGUUUAGGGUAACAUUGUAAUUUGGAAAAAGAAAAGAUAAAGAGUAUAGAAACAGAAUAUCCAAAACUCCACUAGUCUAGCUUUGGAAAAGGGAAAGAGAAAGAGUCUCCGCUACCUCUCUCACGGUCUGGUGGAUUGAAAAUAUUUGUUUUGAGAUGAUGGGUUUAGGGUCUUUUGGUAACGGAGGUUCAUCCAAUUUAUCACCUUUAGCCCCACCUUUUACUGUUGAUCGCUCAAAUUCAAAACAAGUGUUGAAUUUCACUGAUUCCAAUUAUAAUACUGGUACAGUACAACCAUUUGGACAACAGUCUUGGCAAUAUACUGCUGACCCUUCAGUCAAUGGAUACAAUUUUUUCCCAAACAAUGAAAUGGUUACUGAUUCUAUGCCCAAAACUUGCAUGCCUGAGUUUUCCCCAACUGAUUCUGUUAAAGUCAGCAGUAUUUGGUCAACUUCAAACCCCACCGUUAAUGCUUCGAGUGACGCGUAUUCGGGAUAUUAUACCCCUUAUGUGCCUUCAGUAGUGAAGAAUAAUGAACCGUCGUUUGAUGUUUUGCCUAAUUCGGGUAAUAUUGCUGUUAAUGUGUCGUCUCAAGUUGAUUAUACCCAGAGCUUGUCUGGUUUGGAAUACCCGGUAUCGCAUUGGAGUUUUUGGAAUAAAGUGGCUGAGGGGAAGCAAGAUGAGAGGAAGGGAGUUAAUGCUGGUGCUUCUUUUGGUUACAUGAAUAGCAUGUCUCAAGGUAAUUCACUUGAAGGUGUGAACAUAGCUGGAGAAGAUUCUGGUGCUCUGUCUGGAAAUUUUACUGACGGAGUAUAUACUGGGCCUUCAAGUAUGGGACAUGUGGAUGCCAAAUCAUAUCUCGCUCAAGAACCUGUCUACCCAUCUUUUAACUCAAAAACAGCUAUGGGUUCAAUUCUCCCUGUAUCUUGCCAAGCGGGACUUUCUUUAGGAUCUUCUAAGAAUUACCCGAACUAUGAAAACCCUUUUACUCCACAUGAAAAAUCCUUCCAACCCCUUGAUUCUUGUCCCCGUGAUACUACAUCCACAUCAAAAUCUUCUCCUGCAGUGGUUAUCAGACCAGCACCUUCUGGAAGCCGUUUCUUCACACCGAAGACAGACUUGCACAAAAAUGUGGAUAUUUGCAAAUCUGGAGCUAGUAACAGUGAGAAAUCAGAUGUCCGUUACCUGUUAAAUAAGGGUGAGGAAUCUCCGGUCAAAGGGUUUACCUUGGACACAGGCCCACCGCUGGACUUUGGCAAGAUCAAUGACAUUUUUUAUGCAUCGUCGUCAAUUAACAAUCCGUGCCCAAGCCAUCCUUGUGGAAGCAAUAGCAUAGAGACUGCAGUUAAAGAAAGAUCCGGAUCUCAAGCUCCUUACAGUAGUGCACCACCUGUGACUUUUACUGAGAAAUGUUCAGAUGCUUUAGAACUUCAUAACCCAAAUGAAGAUUCACCCUGCUGGAAAGGUUCUCCUGCUUUUCGUAUUUCUCUCUGUGACUCUGUUGAAGCUCCAAGCCCAUGCCAAUUCAAAAGCAAACUAGAAUGCUCUGAUUUUGGUCAAAGCAAUCCUUUGUUCCCUCCACCAGAACAUUCAGGGAGAACUUCAAUAAAGAAACUUGGUGAGGACAAUCUACAUAACCAUAACGUAUAUGCAGGAAUUGGUCGGUCAAUUCCUUCAGAAGGCACUGGAACUAAUAACUAUAUUACAGAAGAGCACAGGACCAAUGACGUCACAAAAGAAACAUUUGAGCAUAUGGAUCUGUCCAGCAGCAGUGGGGUACUUAAAUUUUCUGAAGAUCUGAACAAGCCUAGCAAAGGAUAUAAUCUACCGCAUUACUCUGAAAACGACGGACCCACAGAGCAUUGUUUGACGGAGGGUUUUACACAUUCUGGUUUGAACCUCAAUGACACAUUAGAGGGUGGAGUAGUUGCACUUGAUGCUGCAGAAAAUGUUUUACGUUCACCAGCUUCUCAAGAAGAUGCCAAGCCGGCCCAACCAUAUCAAAUAGGAUCAAGUCCAAAACUGGAUGUUCAAACACUUUUGCAUGCAAUUCAUAACCUUUCGGAGCUACUUAAAUCUCAAUGUUUGACUAAUGCAUGUGUACUGGAGGAACAAGACCAUGACGCCCUUAAGCAUGCAAUUACCAAUCUUGGUGCAUGUACCGCUAAGAAGAUUGAAACAAAAGAUACAAUGUUUUCCCAGCAUGAUACUUUUGAGAAGUUUGGAGAAUCUCGCCGCUCUUAUAUGGGCACUGGGACAGGCCUCCCCCAGUUUAUGGAAGAAGUUACUUGGGAUUCUUGUGGACUAGGUAAUCAGCCUAUGCAUCAAGAUAAGAGCAAGAACAAUGGUAAGAAAGCUGAGAAUUCACCCCUUCUAACUCCUUCUGCAGAUGAAUUAGGGGAUUCAAAUGAAGAACAAGUGGCCCAGGCUAUAAAGAAAGUCCUCAAUGAGAACUUUCUCUCUGAUGAAAUAAUGCAGCCCCAAGCCCUUCUCUUCAAGAAUUUAUGGCUUGAAGCUGAAGCAAAAUUAUGUUCCCUAAGCUAUAAAGCUCGUUUUCACCGUAUGAAGAUUGAAAUGGAGAAGCAUAAAUUCAGCCAAGGAAAAGACCUAAACCUGAAUUCCUCAGUGGCACCUGAAGCUGAAAACGACAGCGCGUCAAAGACAACCACCCAAAGUCCCCCCUCUACUUCAAGCAAGAGUGUCCACAUUGAUGAUUCUGUAAUGGAGAGAUUUAAUAUCUUAAAUAGAAGGGAAGAGAAACUGAGUUCAUCUCUCAUGGAAGAGAAAAAGGAUCAGAAUGUGGAUCCCAAUGAUGCUGAGGAUCCUGUUAUGGCGAGACUCAACGUCUUAAGACAGCGGGGAGACAACUUGAAUUCAUCUUUCAUGGAAGAGAAAAAGGAUCAGGAUGUGAGUCCCAAUGAUGCUGAGGAUUCUGUAAUGGCGAGACUCAAUGUCUUAAGACAGCGGGGAGACAACUUGAAUUCAUCUUUCAUGGAGGAGAAAAAGGAUCAUAUGGUCGCCAAUGAUGCUGAGGAUUCUGUUAUGGCGAGAUUCAAUGUAUUAACGUACCGGGGAGACAACCUAAAUUCACCGUUGACGGAGGUGAAAAAAGAUCUGGAUAUGGUUGCUGCUGGUUCUGCAGGUACGGAGAAUCUUGGAUUGUUAAAAGGAGAAGUAUCAGAAGAUCAGAGAGCAAAUGUGGUCAUAGAACCUUACUUCUAUUAUCACAGUGUUAAUGCCAGCGAAGGUAAAUUUGGGUCUUACUCGGAUGGUUCUGGAUGUGACUCCAUGAAACAGUUUCUUCUCUCUGUCGCGGAUGAUCCAGUUGUCCAUUCAAAUAGGAAGGGCAGACUGGGAAAUCUCAACUCUUCAGGUUUGUAUGAUAAUUCUUCUUCAGAUUGGGAGCAUGUAGCCAGGGAUGAAUAUGUGUGACAGCUGACGAGACAUUGCUACGCGAAGAUAUUUAAUGUUCUCUUUCCAGUCAACAUAUGAAAACACUGUAUAUAUUGUAGAGUGCAUGUGAUGAAACUACGUAUGCCUAUUGUCUACUUUCUGAUACUGCAAUAUGCUUACUACGUUACUCGGUUGUGCA